AUGGAAUCUUUCUCUGCUGAGACCAAUUCAACUGAACGACUCUCACAGACCUCAAAUGAACCCCAAGUAAUUCUCUCCAUGGUCAUUCUAGGAUUCACUUUCUUAUUGGGAUUGCCAGGCAAUGGGCUGGUGUUGUGGGUGGCAGGCCUAAAGAUGCAGCGAACAGUGAACACAGUUUGGUUUCUCCACCUCACUGUGGCAGACUUUCUCUGCUGCCUCUCCCUGCCCUUCUCCCUUGCUCACUUGGCUCUUCAAGGACACUGGCCCUAUGGCUGGCUCCUCUGCAAGGUCAUCCCCUCCAUCAUCAUCCUCAACAUGUUUGCCAGUGUCUUCCUGCUCACUGCCAUCAGCCUGGAUCGCUGCCUUGUGGUACUCAAACCAAUCUGGUGCCAGAACCACCGCAAUGUGAGGACAACCUUUGCCAUCUGUGGAUGUAUCUGGGUGGUGGCUUUUGCAAUGUGUAUACCUGUGUUCUUAUACAGGGAAAUAUUCACUGUAGACAACCAUAAUGUGUGUAGCUACAAAUUUUAUGCCUCCAGCUCAUUAGAUUAUUUAGACAUUGAUCUACUGGAAAAUGGAUUUCUUGAUGACUUCAUUGCUCAGCUCCCUGGAAAAAUGGCUGAUAGGUUAGAUUCUUCCUCUUUCUACACAAACAAUUCAACUUCCACCGAUCUCCAUCAUCAAACGUUCCAAAGACCUUUUAGAGAUUCACCCCCUAUGAAUUUAUCUAGAUUAUCAAGUCAAUACUCCUAUUAUGAUUUAUUUAAAUUUGCUGAUAUGGUCUUUCCUACAAUUCCCAAUGGUUUGCCGAGGUUUCCCAGUGAAGAUGGCAGGACUGACUCUCUGGAUAAUGCUGAUGCUCUUCUCUCUACUGAUCUCCCCCAUGUUUCUCGCAAUUCCUUAUACACAUAUGAGCUAUCAUACAACUACUAUGGUGGUAAUUUUAGCCAAUUCACAUAUGAAAAUCAUGUGCCAACACCCCUGCUAGUAAUAACCUUCACUAGACUAGUAGUGGGUUUCCUGUUGCCCACAAUUAUCAUGGUGGCCUGCUAUACACUCAUUAUCUGCCGAAUGCAUCGAGGACGCUUCUCCAAGUCUCGGGGCAAAACUUUGCAAGUGGCCAUGGUGGUGGUGGUUGUCUUUCUUUUCUGCUGGACUCCAUAUCACAUUAUUGGAGUUCUAAGAUUGUUUAUUGAUCCAGAAACGCCCUUUGGGGAAGCUCUGGGGUCCUGGGACCAUAUAUCCAUUGCUCUAGCAUCUGCCAACAGCUGCUUCAAUCCAUUCCUCUAUGCCCUCCUGGGGAAAGAUUUUAGGAAGAAAGCAAAGCAGUCCAUGCAGGGUAUUUUGGAAAGAGCCUUUAGUGAGGAGCUUACACAUUCUACGAGCUGUACUCAAAACAUUUCUUUAGAAAGAAACAGUGUCAGUACAGCUGUGUGA